UGAUGAAGGAAGAAUGUCGAGCAUGAAUCGAUAUGCAAUUCCUCCGCCUAAGUAUGCCCUUCCUCCUCAAGAGCUCCUCGACGAUCUUUGCAGUCGUUUUGUUCUAAAUGUGCCUAAGGAGGACCAACAAUCGUUCGAGAGGAUUUUGUUUCUCGUGGAGUAUGCACAUUGGUUUUAUGAAGACAACUCGGUUGAAAAUAAUCCAUCUCUCAAGUCAUUAACUUUGAAGGAAUUUACUUCUUUAUUAUUCAACAACUGUAAUGUCUUAAAGCCAUAUGUUGCUCAUAUAGACGAUAUAUUUAAGGACUUCACUUCAUAUAAAGUCAGAGUUCCUGUUACGGGGGCCAUUAUACUGGACCAAACCUAUGAGAGGUGUCUACUAGUGAAGGGAUGGAAAGGGACAAGUUGGAGCUUUCCCCGUGGUAAAAAGAACAAAGAUGAAGAAGAUCACAGUUGUGCCAUUAGAGAAGUCCUUGAGGAAACAGGGUUUGACGUAUCAAAACUUCUUAACAAGGAUGCAUACAUCGAGAUGAUUUUUGGACAGCAGAGAGUGAGAUUGUACAUAGUGGCUGGGGUGAAAGAUGGCACAUUAUUUGCUCCUCUUACAAAAAAGGAGAUUAGUGAAAUAGCGUGGCAUGUGAUAAACGAGCUUCCGCAUGCAAAUGCUGACGUCAUAUCUCGUGGGAGCACUGGCCUCAAGCUCUACAUGGUUGCUCCAUUUUUAGCAUCCCUAAAGUCAUGGAUCUCAGUGCAUCCACCUCGUGUUUCGCCUCGACCAAAUAGACCCGCGAAAGGACUUACCUUGUGGAAGGCAAGAAACAGCUCGGGAGGCAGCUCAACAACCGACUACCAGAUGAGUAGAACUGUGGCUGAUGUGUACCCUUACGUGGCACGUCCUAGUCGGAGCUUUCGAAACUUCAGAUUUGAUACUGGCCCGAUUUUACAAGCAGUGGACGCUGCCUUCUCUUCUUGAACGACAAACGUGGAAGCAUCUGCAGUCAUGUUUGCUCGAGUGAUGACAACGAUAUCUCCAGUACCGCGCUACAAAGUGUUAUGAAGAAUGGAAUGAAAUAACAACAGACAACAACUACGUUUGUUGUGCUUUGUGUUGGACCAUUUUUCGUUCGUACAUAACACAUUCAUUUCCUUCAUCUUCGACUUUCCUAUGUUACUUGAACAUGGAUGAUUGGGACAAUUUACUAAAACUGAUAUAUUUAAUGAUAUUAUUGA